AUGAGAAAAGCAAUCAUUAUUGGAGGUGGACCAGCUGGUAUAUCCGCUGCUUUGCGGUUACAACAAAUCACAGAUGUCACCUCGACCGUGUACGAAAUACGUCCAGAGCCCACCACUCUCGGGGGAGCUGUCGGGUUGUUCCCCAACGGCCUACGCUUAUUCCACAGACUUGGUGUAUACGACGAUCUUCUAUCACGCGGCAGCAGCCAUUCAAUGUUGAAUCUACGGUCUCUCACAGGUGAUAUCAUCACGACACAGGACAUUGUCGGCAGAGUUCGUGAGCAAAACGGGGGAAUUGGCUACCUCCGUAUCAAGCGCAUUGAUCUUCUUGAAAUUGAGGAGAACGAGCACGAGGUCAAGGUCACAUUCUCGGAUGGAACCACAGACACUAGCGACCUCUUACUCGGAUGCGAUGGAAUCCACUCCGCUGUUCGAAAACUAUACGUCGAUCCCCAACAUGCCACCGAAUAUACUGGGUUCUCCGGUUUGUUUGCGCUCCUUCCGACAUCUGCACUUCCAGAAGGCUCGGUAGACGAGCUCAAGGGCAUCAACGCUAGACUCACAACGCAAGGCGUCUUUCUUACCACGUCUUGCUCUGCAAAAGACGACGAAGCGCUCCGGGGUUUCUCCAAAGAGGUUCCUCUGCCCAAAACGGGAGACACAAGGGACGGGUGGGAAGUCAAGCGUGAAGAAGAGAUCGCCCGUUUCAAGAAUGACCUGUUGGAUCUGAUAAGCGACGCCAGAGGAGAGUGGGGAAACAUUAUGAGAGCCAUGGUGCAGAAAACCUCGGUCGUGAGAUUCUAUCCCGUAUACAAGGUGGCCUCGGGAGGGAGAUGGUACAAAGGUCGGUGUCUCCUUUUGGGAGACGCUGCUCAUGCCAUGGCCCCCCAUGCUGGUCAGGGUGUCUCCAUGGCCGCAGAAGAUGCAUUCAUGAUCGCAAGGCUAUUAGAGGACCCUGGCAGGUCUCUCGAGGAUGCAUUCGCAGCAUUCGACAGGGUUCGGCGUCCUCGAGUCAACGAAAUUACGAUGCAGGCGACAAAAAAUUCAGAGGCAGAAGUUCUCUGCACACCCGGUACGCCGGCGCCGGCGCGGAAGAGACGCGCGACGGAGCAGGAUCUUCUUGAGCGAGUGGAGCGAUGUGAAGCCUUGCUCAAGGGGUAUGCGCCAGUCGUCGACGACAGACCGCAGAAACCGAGUUCGAGCAACCAUGUGCCAGACGGUCCGCCCGGCGCCUCUUUUGAACCCAGCUCGUCGGCACAGGAACUGAACGCAUCGUACAUCACAACAAGGAUUGAUGGCAGUGUCAGAUUCACUGACAGUUUCAGCACCGUUGUAAUGCACGAGGAGUUGGUUGCAAUUCAGAAUAGCAUCAAAUCGAAUGAUUCUGCGGAUGAAGGGGCGAUAGAGAGCAUCUAUGAACUGCCGGACAAGACACUCCCGGUGACAGAGUUUGAAACCUCAGUGUCCAGCUCACCAGACAGUCAGCCCGGUCCCGUUGAAGCCAUAAAUCUUUGGGGGAACUUCCUUGAAAGAGUUAAUCCUCUUACAAAGAUUGUCCAUGUUCCAACUCUCGAACCGUAUGUCAUGAGAGCGGCGGUGGGGAUGCACUUGGUCCCCAUUGAGUACCAAGCGCUUCUCUAUUCGAUAUACGCGGUGGCUGCGAAAUCCAUGUCAGACCAAGAGUGCUUUGAAUUGCUAGGAUACAGCCGCGAUACCAUACUGAAAAAGUAUGGUAGCAGCAUCAAAAGGGCACUGAUGAAGUACAAUCAUAGGGAGAAUUACACAAUGAUCAGCCUUCAAACAUUGAUACUGUAUUUGCUCACCCUCGAGGACAAAACUCACAGACACGCUUCCUGGGUCACCAGCGGUAUUGUAGUAAGGAUGGCGUAUUCCAUGGGCUAUCACCGCGACGGAGAAAGCCUUGGACUGGGUCCAUUCGAAACCGAAAUGCGUCGCAGAAUAUGGUGUCAGAUCAUUAUUCAGGAUGCUAAGAAUGCUCUCCUGUCUGGACUCAGUGCCGCUAUGCUUCCCAUGCAAUGGGAUACAAAGCCGCCGUUGAAUAUAAACGACGUUGACAUGAGCCCGAGCAGUGACUCGCCAAUAGUUCCUCGCGAGGGGCCGACUGAAAUGGCAUAUGUCCUCAUUGCGCGAUUGAUUUACGCAUACAAGAUUGACUGUGAUAACCAUAUAGACACGCCUACUAACGAAGCAAUCUUACUGGGGAUGAGCUUGACAAACGAUGAAAACACCGACCGAGCUGUGUAUGGAAAAUUUCGGGAACAAUCUGAAGAACUAAAGCGAGCACUAGAGAGCUACACCGCGAAGUAUAUUGGCGACGGGGCUGGGAAAGUCCACGUGGCGGCGACCAUUUUGAAGACAACCAUUCUGGAGAAACUUGACGAUGUUCUCAGCCCAAUAAAGGACCAAGAAGAAUGGGGAAUCGAAAUUUUUAACUGGAAAGACAACCUGUUCAAGAUGAUUAUGUUGAGCAUGGAACACCAAUGUGAUGCGCACGACAAAAUGGCAACUGUCGGGUUCGAAUGGUAUAUGAGGCUGCAAUUCUACGCCGAUAUGCUCGCCUCUUUGACCAGCCAACUGUACCGGCGCCCCAUGGGAUCCCUCUCUGACCGUGGGUGGCGGGCUGUGGAAAGGCUUCAUGGGCAUUACCCCGAGUUAUUUGACAUGAGCCAAAGACAGCAACUUAUGCAAGCGCAGUUCACGCUCAAAGCUUGGGGGGCCCGAAAGACGGCGGUGGCUCAACGAGGCGGUAGCUUGGAGACGCCUGCAUACAUUGUGCAACUUGGACAGGCGCUAUCAGAGAUGGAGGCUCAAAAGGCCGAGAAAUCGAUAGACUGGAACGCACUAUGGACUGAUUUGCAGCCGUUCGGGGAUGGGCUGAAUUCAUUUAUGGGCGAGGAGUUUGUACAGAUGGGUGACAGCCCGGCUGCCCGAGUGUUCGCGGCAACGGAUUAG